AUGUUUCCUAACCUCGUUCUGUCCCGUGCCUGUCUGUUUACUCUCAUACUGACCCUGGUUCAACAUGUCGGCAUCACAGAAGCCAAUCACGAACGGGUUUGCGACUACAGAAGCCGACCACACGAUAAUGGUCUGUGCGGGUCAAAUUUAGCGGACAUGUUGAGGCUGUUGUGCUCGAUGAAUAGUAACCACUUCACAAAAUACAUUGUCAAAAGGCAGACAGAAAAAUCUCUGGAUGACAGUUUAAGAAACAUAAUGCUAAACAAAAAGGAUGCUUUGUCCUACCUGGCCAAAAGAGAGACAUCAGGAUCUAUAAUAUGUGAAUGUUGUUACCAUCAGUGUCAUGUGAUGGAGCUCUUACAGUACUGUGACUUGCCAAGUGUCAUUACCAACUACGGAGGACGACAAGCAAAUAAUAGACGAGCAGCACUGACAAGUUAA